AUGGAUUUCCCGCGCCCAGAGAGCGGUAUGUCCCCUCGCCCUUCAGAUCUUUCAGCUCCAGGUGCAUCUUCUAGACCGAAAGUGCAACAACCGAAACCUCAAGCCCUCGCCAACCGCUCUGGUACUUCCGCGAUUUUGGUGUCCACGCGCCAAAAGGGCAACCCGAUUUUGACCCAUAUAAAGCUCCUACCCUGGGAGUACGCUGACAUUCCUGCGGACUACGUGGUUGGCACCACAACGUGCGCAAUGUUUCUCUCUUUGAAAUACCAUCGGCUACACCCAGAAUACAUCUACUCCCGGGUAACACAACUAGCAGGCAAAUACAACCUACGCCUUGUAUUGGUGAUGGUUGACAUUCAAAACCACGAGGAUAGUCUCAAAGAGCUGUCCAAAACUUCUAUCAUCAACAAUCUGACCUUGAUAUUGUGUUGGUCUGCACCAGAGGCUGCGCAUUAUCUCGAGCUCUUCAAGUCCUCGGAGAACGCACAGCCUACUGCCAUUCGAGCCCAACAGUCCCAAUCCUACAAAGAAUCACUCGUGGAGUUUGUUACGGUACCUAGAAGUAUCAAUAAGUCUGAUGCCGCAAGUUUGAUCUCCACAUUCGGCAGCUUGCAAAAUGCCAUCAAUGCACAGCCGGAGCAGAUCAGCGCUGUGCCGGGUUGGGGAGAGAAGAAGGUCCAGCAAUGGUGUCAUGCGGUUGGAGAAGAUUUCAGAGUCGAGAGCACGAAGAGGGUCUCUGCUCCUGCCACACAACGCCAGGCUCAACUGCCAGCCGAGAAUGUGGAUGAUAGCAAUGAUGAAAUGGGCGAGGAAGAUGAAGACGAGGCCAUUCUUCGUGACGUUCUAGCUGAAAGCAGGAAAAGAACAGUUUCCCAAGCUGCGCAACCUACUGAACCACCGACUCGAGGUCAUCGAACUGAAGAGAUGAGUGAAGGUAUUGCGGCCGCACUUGCCAGGCUUAGACACAAUGCCGGUUGA